AUGGUUGAAAAGAUGUUAACUGCUGAGAUCAUUACCCCCAGUUCCUCAUGCAUUGCCUCCCUUGUUCUUCUAGUUCCUAAGAAGGAUAACAGUUGGAGGUUCUGUAUUGAUUAUAGAGCACUCAACAACAUCACUAUCAAAAACAAAUUUCCCAUACCCUUGGUGGAAGAACUGUUUUCAGAACUGGCUGGGGUUUUGUACUUUUCUAAAUUGGAUUUAAGGUCAGGAUAUCAUCUAGUAAGGAUGAAGGAGGGUGAGGAGUUUAAAACUGCUUUUAGGACUCACCAAGGGCUGUAUGAGUUUAGAGUCAUUCCCUUUGGCCUCAUCAAUGCCCCUGCAACCUUUCAAGCACUUAUGAAUCAAGUUUUCAGGGCAUUACUUAGAAAAUUAGUGCUGGUGUUCUUUGAUGAUAUUUUGGAUGGUCUGCAAACUGACCCUGCCAAGCUUGAGGUUGUGGCUGCUUGGCCUAAACCACAUACCAUUAAGGGCUUGAGGGGGUUCCUUGGCUUAGCUGACUAUUAA